ACAGUGUAAAAAAAAAAGAGAGUUUAGCGCAUGCGCAGAGCCGCCAAGUAACACCAAUCGAUGGGUAGCGCAACUCGACAGAACACCAGUCAAACCAGCUAACGUGAUUUUGAUAGGCUAGGACUAGUUUUUUUUACCUAUUGAGCAGCUAAUAUUUUAUUGUGUGUAUCGUGUGAAAUACACAGUACGUUUAUUUGUAUUAACCCUAACCCGAGCUGAGUGUCUGUACAGGAGCAUGUUUGAGCUGAAAAUGCUGAGGUGUAUAGGCUUAGUUUACUAGCUAGCUAGCGUUAGCUACACUUUCUGCUAAGCUAACUAACAAGUUUUACCUGUCUAAAGUUGUCUGUGUGUAAUGCUGCGGUUUCUGUAUUACUCUGCAUUCAACCAUUCCUGUUACUUCUAUGUUAAAUUUCGUAUGUAACAGCUGGGCUAGUUAUUAAUUUAAUGUUUACCACUGCUUUGCUUCCAGAUAGCUAACUAACCAGUUUACUACACAGUGUUAUGUUUUAAUAUAAACAGCUGUCAGUCUGCAGCAUGUGGUUUUCAGUGAUGUGCGGGGUUUUCUGCGGGGUUCUCCUGGUGUUUAUUAUUCUCGUUAUCCGUUUAUACGCGGUUCUGCGGGGAGCUAGAGACUGCAGACCUGGAGUAAAGGGCUCAGUGUGUGUUCUGGUCGUGGCUGGAUCAGGAGGACACACGACAGAGAUCAUCCGUUUGAUGGGAAGUUUAUCCCAAGCCUACAGCCCCAGACAUUAUGUGAUAGCAGACACUGACAAGAUGAGUGAAGAUAAGAUCCGCACAUUUGAAGCGUCGAAAGUGGAAGGAGACAGUCUGGGACAGUUCACCAUUCAUUGGAUCCCUCGGAGUCGAGAGGUUCGUCAGUCGUGGAGCUCCUCUGUUCUCAGUACUCUGAAUGCCCUGCUUUACUCCAUUCCUCUGGUCUUCAGACUCAAACCUGAUGUGGUGCUGUGUAAUGGUCCCGGGACAUGCAUACCUCUGUGUGUUGCUGGACUGCUCUUAGGGAUCCUGGGACUAAAGAGGGUCUUGUUGGUCUAUGUGGAAAGCAUCUGCCGUGUGGAAAGUCUUUCUUUGUCUGGCAAAAUCCUUUACCACCUUUCUGACUACUUCUUUGUGCAGUGGCAGCCUCUGCAGACCAAAUAUCCUAAAUCUAUCUACAUGGGGAGAAUUGUAUGAGUGAAAUUUGAAUGGAGAUAGUGUUCUUUCUACAUUAUCACUAAUUGAACACUGACAUUCAUUCGGAAAUAGACUUCUCAAUAUAUGUAUGUUUCCUAUUAUGAUCUAUGAAAUAGCUCAAGCUGCCUUUUGUUACAUUGAGACAAGCGACAGUUGUUUAUCUAUUUUGUCAGAAAGUUCUCUUCAUUCCUGUGUGGUUGCUCAGGUACGAUUGAACGUGCUGUUGAAUAAACGGUUCUGUGUUGUAA